UUUGCCCUGGGACUGCUGCAGAGCUCCAGCAUCAGUGUGGAGACGAAAACCUGGAGCGCUACAGCAUGAGCUGUGUAGAGGAGGAUACUCUGCGGGCUGGAUGACAAGACGGCAGCAGAUUAGGGCAUAGAGAAAAGUUCGUAGAAAUGGAGGACAGCAAGAAAAAUCCUGCAAAGCUGAGCAAAAACAGGCAGCCUGUGAAAACAGAGUGGGGGGCCCAGUAUGUGGUGUUUACUUACUUCCAGGGAGACAUUAACAGCGUAGUGGACGAGCAUUUCUCUAGAGCUUUGAGCACAAGCAAAAACCCGCAGGAUUUGAGCAGGAGGAGCAGCGGUGAGGAGGAUGCGAUUGUAAAAAAUGAACAUCACCUGACUCCCCAGCAGUGGAACUUCUCCCCUCAAUGGGCUAAGCCGUACCAUGCAUCACCUCCAUUAAACCUGUCCAGCGCUGACGAUAACACAGCUGCUGCCACAACAGGCCCCUAUCAGCCUCCUGUUCUCCAGGGUGUUGCUCCCCCGACUACCGAGCUGUGGCACUUGCCUUCAGGGGGCAAUCCAAAUUUGACUGCAGCUUCGGGGUACCCUCCCUCUAUCUCUGACCUGCAUAUGACGCAGGGAACCAUGUCUGAUGAGAAAUAUGGGUCCCUGCUAGGCCUGUUGCAACAGGAAAGGUGCCCUUCAUCCCUCCAGGAGCAUCCAGGAGCCGAUUCUGGGUCUGCUUGUCCUACCAGCUCGGCUAGGUUACAAAAUACGAGCCAGAGUUUAACUUCUGGGGGAGGUAUCCCGGCUAAUGACAGGAGAAGAGAUCUCUAUUUUUAGAAAAUGGACACAUUUGUUUAUUGUUUCUGCAGAGAGGACUCCCCUAUGUGGACAUUUGGAAAAACUGCCACUCUGAUAAAGAGAAGUCGGCAUCCGGGAACUCCCCUCACCCUUCAACCUGCAUUUGCAGAUCUUCAUAUGGGUGUUUUUUUUAAAAAAUGUCUGUACUAUACCUUAAAUUUGCCUUGCCUUAUGCUUGCCUUUUCAACAACUCGAAUUCAACAUGUCUGGGAUAUGGAAAAGCUCCCUCUGGAAGACCCACAUCUCCUACUUUUAACCCCAGCUGAAAAUUGUCAUCUUCAUCUUCCAGAGAACUUUCUGAUGAUGGUUUGUGGCACUUUAGAAGAGGAGCCACAGCAGAAGAGGAGACGUUGUGCUAUGGUGGAGGUAGAUGACUGCAGACUGAUGGGCUGUAAGGGGGAGCUGUAACAAAGCUAGGCAUUAGGUAUGGUUGUGCCAUGGUUUGUGCUGCCUGUGUAGAUUAGGGACGGGAUCCAUUGGCUGGUGCCGGUUUAAAAGCAUUCCGUUGACCUAAUAGGCUGGUAUCUAUUUGAGUUCGUUCUUUGUCCGCAAGCCGAAUUGGCUUUUACUGAUCUGCUUUUUCUCCUUGCAAAAAAAGAGAGGGAGAUAUUAAUAUCAAUAUUUUGAAAGGAAAUAUCGAUAGAAUUAUUGGUCUUAAUAUCUAUAUUUUAGAGGCAGAUUUGCUUUUAAAAAAUCAAUUUUUGAAAAUAGCCAUGGAAAAUUGCUACAUAAAAAUAUGAUCCACAAUGAUAGAGAAUAAGCGAAUUAAUGGAAAAUUCAAUACCAAACCCGAAUUGGGCAGAAUUGUAGCGCAUCACUAGUGCAGAUUCUCUAGUGUUUAAUAUAUGGCUACAGAACUGAUUUCCCCCCCCCCCUGGAGUACAUACUCAGUUUAGCCUGUUAUGGAUUCCUCAAUCCCCCAUCCCUCUCUAAAGGGGGUGGUGGAGUAAAAGGACUCAAGUAGAAGAAGGAGAAAACACAACAGUUUUCUUGUUAAAAGCUUAGCUGAAACUUCAGCUAAGCAAUGCAUUUACAUGCCCUUCUUGAAAGGCAAACAUUGCACAUUUAUCUGCCUAAUUUACAUAAGAAUCUGGGCUUUCUGCUUUAGGAACCUAGAGCUGGUUUUGAAAUAGAAAUCACAACUGCCUGUUUCCAUCUCUGCUUCACUAGGGAAGAGAGAAUUUUCUUUUUCCACUUUAAUCAGCAUGAACAGAAAAUGCCAUUUCUACGGGUUUCCCUUGAGGGUUGAAAAAGUCAACACUGGCUUCUCUGGGAUGUCAAGGUGUUGUCAUACUUUGUGAUGGUGUUUUUGUUCCCUUCGGCUCCAUAGAUUUCUCUCUCACUCUGGAAGACUUGACAAAAUAUUACAUUGUAUUGAGCAGCUACCAUCUGGUGUUGUAGAUAUAUAUUUUGCUCCCAUUCUUUGCCAACAUUACAAUCUGGCACGUUGUAUAGUCAGCUCCUAUCUGAUAAGAACCAGCAGCUGCCAAGUUUCGAGUUGCUUAUAGUGGAAAUGAAUUCUCCCAUCAAAACGUGAAACAAAUGUUAUGGAUUCCUUUUAUCAGCAUUCUUCUCUCUGAAGCAGGAUGUCCUGCUUACAUCUAAAGCACCAGGAGCCAACCUCUUCAGCACGUGUGCCAAAGAGCCAAGCCUAAAGGAUGAGAGAGGGCCACUCUAAUGCAUUCUGCAGUACCUACAAUACAAGCCUGCUGUGCCUUGGGAUCGUCUUGCCACUAGCAUAGGAGAGGCAGGUAGGCUUGCAGGACUGACAUUUUACUUGGCCAGGCCUACAGGUAUGAACUAUGCAGGUAGUCAGAGUGUGGGUGGGGUGGGCAAGCAAGUGGCUAAACGUAGCUGGGUUGCUCAGAAUGGAUGAGCCAGUACAGAAUCAGCAUCUUUUAUAAGACCAAGUCAAAUUCUAUUGGCUUCUUGUGUCACCUGACCUUUUAGCUGCAGUUCCGCCCUCUGGCCAACAGAAAGCCAGCCUCCAGCUUCUUCCUAUGACAAUCAAAAUGAUGUACUGCUAAUGUGGGGAACCUUCUGGGCCUCCAGAUGUUACUGAACUAUAAUUCCCAUCAGCCCCAGCAAUGGCCAGGGGAUGAUGGGAGCUGUAGUUCAGCAACAUCUGGAGGGUCAAAGGUUGCCCACAUCAGCCUGCUUUAAAUUUACAUCGUAAGUGGAAGAGCCAGUCUGGCUUAGGCCAGAAAGACUCAGGUUCAAUUUCUCACUCAGCUUACAGGGUUGCCUUGGGGCAGUCACCAGCAGGAUCAAACCUGCAGGCAAUCAGAGGGGCCAGAGGUGCAGUGUGGUAUAAUGGUUAGAGAGACUAGGACCUGGGAGACCAGGGUCCAAAUCUCCCUUUAACCAUGAAGCUCACUGGGUGCACCUUGGGGCAGCCAUAGGCUCUGAUCCAGUACAUGUUUACUCAGAAGUAAGCUCCACUGGGUUACUCCCAGGUGUGUAUUGGAUUGCAGCCAUAGUCUCUCAGCCUAAUCUACCCCACAGGGUUGUUGUGCAGAUGACAUGGGGAGGGGCAGACCCAUGUAUGCCACUUUGAGCUCCUUGGUGGAAAGGCAGGAUACAAAUACAAUUUCUAAUUAAUUAAAUCUUGGUCUAGGACAGGAAAAGGUCACUCUCCUGAGAUGGUGACCAAAGGGGGCCAGAGGCAGGUAGCAUCCAAGGCAAGUGAGAAGUCAAAUCCCAAGGGUAGUCGUCUGAAGGCAGAAGACAUAAUCUCAGGGAAGGGGGUCUCUAGACUCCUGUUUCAGCUGACCGGUUGCUUAGUGUGACGAACUGUGCCCGACUCGCCUUAUAUAUAGCCAGCCAGGCUCCUACAUCAUCUAGUGUAGCUAAGCAGCUGAGUUGCGAUACCCCUUUCUGGCCAUGACUUGGGUGGCACUGCAGUGCAGCAAUGAUCAGCUUCCUCUGCUUGACAGCUGCCCUCACUGGCACCAGGGACCCCCUGGCCAGUGGUGUAGUUGUCCAGGAUCUCAGGGGUCUUAGAUCCCUUUCCUUUCUGGAAACCAGGUCCCAGCAGGGUCCCUAUGUCUUCAGCAUCCUAUGAGCCAAUCAAUAUGAAAGGAGAGUGUGUUACCCACACAUGUUUCCUUGUCCUUUCCUGCUGAUUGGAACCAAUCGGAGUGAAAGGAGGUGAGUCAGCCCUGAGAAGACUGUUCUCAGUAGCUAACACUCUCCCCUUUGAAGCUAGGGACGUCUGUUGUUGCGGGAGAAGGCAUUAGCAAGGAUCUCAUUCUCAACCCAGCAGCAAAAAAGAGGGUGCGGCCCUGCACCACACUACUGUCCCUGUCAACAUCUCCAGCAGGGCUGGGAGAGACUCCGUAUUUGAAACCCUGGUCACUGCUAGUUGGUGUAGACAUUGGCAUAGAGCUAGGUGGAGCAAUGGUCUGACUUAGGGUUGCCAGGCUCAGGGCCUGAGAAUGAUCCUGUAUCUUUAGGAGAAAAGAAGGUCAGCCAAGCGCAGGUGUUCUUGCAACCCUCUAAUGGGAAAAACCACAAGGUGGAAUUCUCCCUCCCC